AACUGCUUUUGUUUGUUGCGCUCUUCGAACGAAGUGCACCGGCCCGGCAGCGUUCGUUCCGCGUGGUUUGAGUUGCUCCCGAGAUAAGCCAUGGCUGGAUCCGGCUCCGAUCUGAAGGCUCAACUGAUCCGCGAUAUACUCAAAUAUGAGGCUGUCAAGUUUGGGAGUUUUACCCUCAAAAGUGGAGUCGUUUCACCUAUAUACAUGGACAUACGAGUCUGCGUUUCUCAUCCAAAAUUUCUCACAGCUAUCGCCGAAGCCGUCGAGCAGACCCUGAAGGCCGCGAAUCUGCGCUUCGAUCACCUCUGCGGCGUACCGUACACGGCGCUCCCGAUCGCCACGUGCAUAUCCACUAAAACGCAUCAACCGAUGCUGAUGCGCCGUAAAGAAGCGAAAGCUUACGGUACAAAACAGAUAAUAGAGGGAAAAUACCGCGCAGGUGACAAAGUUCUCGUGAUUGAGGAUAUAGUGACAAGUGGUUCUUCGAUACUGGAGACAGUCAAGGUUCUUGAAAGCGCUGGUCUCACUGUGACAGACGCGAUUGUCCUCAUCGACAGAGAGCAAGGCGGGAGCGGGUACUUGGAGGAGCGCGGUAUAAAUCUCCAUCCCGUUCUUAAACUCUCAGAAAUCAUCGAUCGUUUGGAAGUAGAAAACCUCAUCCAAGCCGAUGUGGCCCAACGAAGCCGGGAGUUCAUACGCACGGUGAAACCGAUGCUCACGCCAGCUGCUGUGGGUGUCGGAGAACGCGCUUCCUUCGGGAGGGCUCGGACCGCGAAACACCCUGUGAGUGCGAAACUUCUGAAUAUCGUCAACAAGAAAAAGACCAACUUGUGCGUGGCCAUCGACGUGGAAACAACAGCCGAACUGCUCGAGCUAACUUCGAAGGUCGCGCCUUAUGUUUGCGCAGUGAAAACACAUGUCGACCAACUCAGUGAUUUCGUUUACGAGAAGGUCAUUCCAGAGCUGAAGAGAUUAUCAGAGGAACACAGCUUCUUACUAUUUGAGGACCGCAAAUUCGGCGAUAUCGGGGAAACUGUCCGAGCUCAAUACGGCGGGGGAGUCUUCAAAAUUUCCGAAUGGGCUGACAUUGUGACUGUCCACGGUGUUCCCGGCGCUGGAGUUAUCCAGGGUCUCAAGUCGGUUGCAUCGGAGAAAAAUGCCUGUAUUAUCGUUGCCGAGAUGAGCAGCGCUGGAGCUCUAACCGAUGACUCGUACAAGAAGGCAUGCGCUUCCAUGGUUGAAUCGAAUGCGGAUUUCGUGAUCGGCACGGUGUCUCAGAGCCGCGUCGUCAAGUCCCCCGAAUUCAUCCAGUUCACACCGGGUGUCAACUUCGAACUGAGCGGCGACGGGAAGGGACAACAAUAUGUCUCUCCUGAAGUAGCUAUAAGCGGUCGAGGAGCGGAUAUUGUCAUCGUGGGGCGAGGGGUGACGAGGAACGAAAACCCGGGUGAUCGCGCGAGAAUUUACUCAGUGAGAGCAUGGGAAGCUUAUGAGAAAGCGACCGGGAAGUGAAUAAAGUUUAUCAUGUAUUCUGUCGAGAUGAGAAAAA